AUGAACAAGAUUAGCUAUAAAGAAGGACUUAUAAAGGCUGAAUUAUAUAAGGCUGUUAAUAUUUUAGCAAUUAGUAAGAUAUUAGCUUUAAAUGAAAAGAAUGAUUUGCCUAAUUUAGAACUGUUUAAGGAUAUUGAAUUUAUGCAAGAUGAUUUACUUAUUAAUAAAAUAAUUAAUUUGUUAUAA